CUCGCCUCCCCCUCCCCAAUCUCCACCCCCCGCCCUCCGGGCUCCUGCUCCCGGGAGCCCCGCAAACCCGGCUCCGCCCGCGCCCCGCACAGCACCGAGGCUCCCGGCCCGGUCCGCCCCGCUGCCCCUCCCCGGGGCCAUGGGGGCACCCCCGGGCUACCGACCCUCUGCCUGGGUGCAUCUCCUCCACCAGCUGCCCCGUGCCGACUUCCAGCUCCGCCCGGUGCCCAGCGGCUUUGCUCCCCGCGACCAAGAGUACCAGCAGGCCCUGCUGCUGGUGGCAGCCUUGGCUGGGCUGGGUUUGGGCCUGAGCCUCAUCUUCAUCGCUGUCUACCUCAUCCGCUUCUGCUGCUGCAGGCCUCCAGAACCCCCUGGGGCCAAGAGUCCCCCACCCGGAGGAGGCUGUGUCACCUGGAGCUGCAUUGCUGCCCUUCUCGUGGGCUGUGCAGGCAUUGGCAUUGGUUUCUAUGGUAACAGCGAGACCAGUGAUGGGGUGUCCCAGCUCAGCUCAGCACUGCAGCAUGCCAACCACACGCUCAGCACCAUUGAUGACUUGGUGCUGGAAACGGUAGAGAGGCUGGGUGAGGCUGUGAGGACAGAGCUGACCACCCUGGAGGAAGUGUUGUCAGAACGCGUGGAGCUGGUGGCUGCCACCCGGGGAGCCAGAAGGCAGGCUGAGGCAGCAGCUCAGCACCUGCAAGGCCUAGCCUUCUGGCAGGGAGUGUCCCUGAGCCCAGUACAGGUGGCUGAGGAUGUGACUUUCGUGGAGGAGUACAGGUGGCUGGCCUAUGUCCUCCUGCUGCUCUUGGUGCUUCUGGUUUGUCUCUUCACCCUCCUGGGCCUGGCCAAGCAGAGCAAGUGGCUGGUGGUUGUGAUGACCGCCAUGAGUCUCCUGGUGCUUGUCCUGAGCUGGGGUUCUAUGGGCCUAGAGGCUGCCACAGCUGUGGGUCUCAGUGACUUCUGCUCCAACCCAGACACCUAUGUGCUGAACUUGACCCAGGAGGAGACAGGAAUCAGUUCAGACAUCCUCAACUAUUAUUUCCUGUGCAACCAGGCGGUCUCCAACCCCUUCCAACAGAGGCUGACUCUGUCCCAGCGUGCUCUAGCCAGCAUCCACUCUCAGCUGCAAGGCCUGGAGCGGGAAGCUAGCCCUCAAUUUCCUGCUGCACAGAAGCCCUUGUUAUCCUUGGAGGAGACGCUGAAUGUGACAGAAAGAAGCUUCCACCAGUUGGUGGCACUGCUGCACUGCCGCAGUCUGCACAAGGACUAUGGCUCAGCACUCCGAGGCCUGUGUGAAGAUGCCCUAGAGGGCCUGCUGUUCCUGAUGCUCUUUUCUCUCCUGUCUGCCGGGGCCCUAGCCACCACUCUUUGCAGCCUGCCCCGUGCCUGGGCUCUCUUCCCACCCAGGAAUCCAAGCGCUUUGUGCAGUGGCAGUCUUCCAUCUGAGCCCCCCUGCCAGUGUGGCCUGCCUCUCCUCUUUGCUCCUUUCCUUGGCUGCUGGAGAAGGCCCCACUAACCUGACCUUGGCUGGGCUCUGACCAUUAACACUGCUGGCUAUGGACACCUCACAUAGGAUGACAUCCUGUUCUGGCCCUAACACUCCCCCAUUCCCAUUUCUCCUUAGCACAGGUGGUUGCUGGGGUGGCACAAUAGAGACCAGGGCUGUCUGGGAAGGGAGCUGACCAUACAGCGUGGUGUUCCUCACCUCCGGGUACCAGCCCUGUCCUUGGAGGGAUAAAGCUGGACACAGGUGCAGGCAUGGCCAUUUCCUGCCAUAUGCCAGUGAUCUCAACUGAUGGCACUAACUUGGAAGAGGGCGGAUUUGAAAUAAAAGGGAAGACUUUAUUUUACAAGUACCUAGGUCCUUCUUAUCACCCCUGCCCCAAUCCUGGAGAAAGAAGUCUUGACUGGGCUAGGGGACUCCUCUGGUGUUUGAAAGGCAACUCUCCUCUUGUCCAGGCUCAGCACUGCUUUGCUUCUGAAAGUCACGUGUGAAUCCUGACAAGGGGGAAGAAGCAGAUCCCAGAAGAGAGUAAGCCUAACACUAAAUUAAACAUGCGUGCAUCCACAGGAAGAGUCAACCUUCCAGUCACGUGGAAUGUUCAAAGCCUGCUGGGAUUAGGAACGGUGUGGAAUCGAAUCAACUUGCUUCCUAGCAGCUCAUAUCCUACACAAGAACGUCAGAAAACUAACGCUUGUUUCAGGAUAGGGACAGAAAUCUUCAGAGAGAAGUAGAAUAUUUGCUCGUAAUGCUACCACGGUGAUGUAAAGGGAGAAGGUUUAAGGAAGAUAAUAUAAAUCCAGACAGGAAAAGAUGAGGCAAUCAUCAAGUUGUCAAGUAAAAACAAACAUGGCAGAGUCAAAAGGGAAAUUUAUUGUCUGGGGAACAAUUCCUAUGUAGUUCUUAUUUGUUAAAAAAAAAAAAAGUAGCACACAUGACAAAGGAAAACAUUGUUGUUAAUAGAUAAACAUAAUUCAAAAAGCUUCUAUUAUCUAACAAAAAACAGACCAACUCAAUUUAGUAAUAAGUAACUGAGAUGAACGUACAAGGAAACAAAAUCCCCAAGACAAAGGAUAAAACUGGGGAUUUUUGGUUUUCAUUUUGGUUUUUGGUUUUUUGAGACAGGCUUUCUUUGUAAUAGACCUGGGUGUCCUGGAACUCUUUGUAGACCAGGCUGGCCUUGACCUCACAGAGAACAGCCUGCCUCUGCCUCCCUAGUACUGAGAUUAAAGCAUGUAUCACCAUAUCACCAGCUAAAAUGUUCAAGUUCUAAUGAUUAGCAAACACGAUGUGCUACUUUCCCCUUUCUAGUACCUACUUGUUGUGGACUUUAAAGUGGGGUGUUGGCUGGUGCUAGUCUGGAGGCUCAGGGAAAAAGUUCUCUGAAUAUGCUGCUCAGAGGCGGUGAAUCACCAGCUAUGUGAAAAUAAUAAUUAAAACAAACAAACAAAACAAAACCCUGCUCACAUCUCUUAACCUGGUAAUCCUUUGGGGCACAAGCUUCCAGUAAGAGAUGAACAGGCAACCCUUGGCUCAGUUAAACCCUGGAGACAGAAAUGUUCACAAAAGGAAGAACAGUAAUGUAGAGCAGGAUCCUCAAGUUCACAGUGGCAAGUGGGGUACAGAGGCACCAGGGGUAUCCCUGGCCCUGUGCUGGUUGGAAGCCUCUGGGUCCUAGACCUGGCACCACUAUGUUAAUGUGGACAAGUUAUCUGACUGGUUGAACCUCAGUUGAAUGGUGAAGCAAAUGGGUAUCAUAAAUCCAGAAAACAGCUCUUGACAUGAUAGGUAAUAAGCAGGAUAAAUGCAGCAUGAUGUUCUGGGUUACAUUCUGGUGCACAGAAAACAUUAGUAGGAAAAGUACCCACUUCUAAAGUCUGCGGCUUAGUUCAGAGUAUUAAAGCAAUGUCAAUUUCUUACUUUUAACAAAUAAACCAUGGUGAAUUCGAGGUGUGGAAUCUAGCAAUAGGGGAAACUGGGCAGUGUGCUCAAUUCCUGUAUUACCUUUGCAAUUUUUAUUUCUGUAAACUUAAAUUUAUUCUAAAAUAAAAGUUCAUUAUAAAAAGGA